AUGGUCCUCAAGCUGAAACAACCCAAUCGCUCAAAUGCGGGCCCCGCAUCUACAGUCGAUGUGUCUGCUAUCGUGCGGGGUGUCAUAAAUGACAUUCGUGCUGAUGGCGACAAGGCAGUGAGAACAUACUCGAAAAAGUUUGAUAAAUGGAGCCCUGAAAGCUUCAAGUUGUCGCCCGAGGAGAUCCAGCAAAUCGUUUCAACCGUUCCCCAGCAGAUUAUCGACGACAUCAAGCAAGUCCAGGAGAAUGUGCGCACUUUCGCUUUGGCGCAAAGAGCAUCGCUAAAGGACUUUGAGCUGGAGAUUCGACCGGGCGUUCAUCUGGGACAGAAGAAUGUUCCCAUCAACUCUGUUGGCGCUUACAUCCCCGGCGGGCGCUAUCCCCUGCUCGCCUCUAGCCAUAUGACCAUUCUGACAGCCAAGUGCGCCGGCGUCCCUCACGUUACCGCAUGCACACCUCCCAUCGCCGGCAAGAUCCCCGCCAACACCGUGGCCGCAAUGCACUUUGCCGGUGCCGACGCGAUCUACAUCCUAGGUGGAGUGCAAGCGGUCGCCGCAAUGGCCAUCGGUACAGAGACCAUGAAAAAGGUGGAUUUCAUCGCCGGGCCCGGCAAUGCCUUCGUCGCCGAGGCGAAGCGCCAAUUGUUCGGCGAGGAGAUUGGAAUUGACCUUCCCGCUGGUCCAACAGAAGUCCUCAUCGUCGCUGACGAGCACGCCAACCCGUUCACCGUUGCCACCGAUCUCCUCUCUCAGGCUGAGCAUGGUCCUGACUCCCCCGCCGUACUGAUCACCAACUCUCAAAGCGUCGGUGAAAAGACCAUCGCCGAAGUAGACCGGUUAUUAAAGAUCCUGCCCACCGCCGAUAUUGCCGGUGUUUCUUGGGAUCGCCUGGGUGAAGUUAUUGUCGUGGACACCCUGGACGAAGCAUAUAAGCUAGCCGACGAGUACGCGUCCGAACACGUCCAGAUCCUGACGCAAAAGCCGCGCGAGGCACUGGAGAAAAUGUCCAACUACGGCGCUCUAUUCCUGGGUGAGAAGACUUGUGUUUCAUACGGAGAUAAGUGCAUUGGUACCAACCAUGUUCUUCCUACCCGUGGAGCGGCUAGGUACACCGGUGGUCUGUGGGUGGGCAAGUACCUGAAGACUGUGACCUAUCAAGAGGUGACUUCGGAACAGGAGAGUGGUGAGCUCGGUCGUUUGUGUGGACGGGCUGCUCGGGCAGAGAACUUUGAGGGGCAUGCUCGGUCUGGCGAUGUCAGGGCUCAUCAGUUCUUGGGUGAUAAGUUUGAGUGGAUUUAG